AAAAAUUUUAUUUAAUGUUAAUUACAGUUUGGUUCUGAAACUAAUACGUUGUAUUUUUUUUUUAAAUAUAAAGUUUUAAAGUGUUGAAUUCUGGGGCAGUUGGAGCGCGAACAAGAUGGCGUGUGUCGUAUGGAUGAACGCCCUGCUUUUCUUGGCUGUGGCUCUCUGUGUGGUCACGGUGUCACGGUCCCAGGUUCCAGCCCAGCAGACGAAUGAGCAGACAAAUGGAGCGUCAAUUCUGCAACAAUUGGCAUCGUUGAGGAACGGAACUCGCCAGAUUCCCGUGAACAUCAGCGAGGAGACGAUGGCCCAGCUAAACCCGAAUCUGCUGCAGUACACUAUGGCGGCGCCGACUGCUACGGAGAUCAAUUGUUACUUUGAUAUCCAAACGAUUCAACGUAUUGGUGGUCAAUGUGUGUCGGUGGGGCGGACAGGUAACCAGAGGGUGUGUCAGGCAGGGAUGUACCUGUCCAUAGUAGACGACUGCGUCGAGCAAGCCACGACCCGACCUCGCAACAACAGACGGCGUGGUAAUCGUAACAACAGACGUCACCACGAUAAGCGCUAAAGAACACGGAGCCACCGGCAUCUUUCAAACUGAGAACUAUGCUCUAAUAAACUAAUAAAAUGCAACUUU